GACAGCAUUUACAAACACAGUGUUUUUCGCACUUGUACUCCUUGUGGUGUAUUGUAAAUCGUGUUCAGUCGCAAUUAAUUUUCCGCUUUGUGCACGAGUGAAAUAUUAGUAGUUUACGUUUAUGCACGGUAUUCAUAAAUUCGUCGUUAUUACAUUACGAACUUGUUAACUGUCUAUUGAAGUAACAUUAGGGAAUGACACACACAGUGAUCAUCACAUUAUUGUUUUACGUCGCUGUCACGUUGGCCACAGCGCACAGCAUCAGUAAUGAGUCUGUACUGCCUAUAAUUCUGGUUCCUGGGGAUGGAGGAAGUCAGCUGGAAGCUAAGUUGCACAAACCUGCAGUUGUUCACUAUUUGUGUGAAAAGACGACAAAUGAUUUCUUCAGCUUGUGGUUGAACUUGGAGCUGCUUGUCCCUGUAAUUAUAGACUGUUGGAUAGAUAACAUGAAACUUGUGUACAACAAUCAGACAAGAACAACUUCAAACUCUGAUGGUGUAGAAAUCCGAAUUCCAGGAUUUGGAAAUUCAACUACUGUGGAAUGGAUAGAUCCAAGCAUGGCAUCUGAAGGAGCUUAUUUUAAGGACAUUGCAAACACAUUAGUACCCCUUGGAUAUGAAAGAAAUAUAUCAAUAAGAGGUGCCCCUUAUGAUUUCAGAAAGGCUCCUAAUGAAAAUCAACAGUACUUUGUAGAUCUCAAAAAGCUGGUUGAAGAGACAUAUGGAUUAAAUGGGAACAAACAAGUUAUAUUUUUGGCUCAUAGCAUGGGAGCAUUGAUGACAUUGCACUUUCUGCAAAUGCAAACACAGAGUUGGAAAGACAAACAUAUUCGUGCUUUGGUUACUCUUUCUGGGGCUUGGGGAGGCUCACUCAAAGCCUUGAAAGUUUAUAUGGUCGGUGACGACUUAGGAUCGUAUGUGUUGCGUGAAAGUGUGCUGAAAGAGGAACAAAUAACCUCUCCAAGCCUGGCAUGGUUGUUGCCUUCUACACUCUUUUGGCAUCCUAAUGAAAUCUUAGUACAGACAGACAAGAAAAAUUACACAGUUGAAGACUAUAAAGCCUUUUUCAAGGACAUCAGUUAUCCUGUUGCUUGGGAAAUGCGUAAGGAUGUAGAAAAAUACAGCUUGGAAUUUCAAGCUCCAGGUGUAGAAGUUCAUUGCUUACAUGGUUAUGGUGUUAACACCAUUGAGAGGUUGGUGUAUAAACCAGGAGGAUUUCCUAGUGCAUACCCUGACUUCUUAUAUGGUGAUGGUGAUGGAACAGUAAAUAAACGCAGUUUGGAGGGCUGUCUCCAUUGGCAAGGCAAGCAGAAACAAAAAGUAUAUCAUCAGACUUUUCCAGGUGUGGAUCAUAUGAAUGUGUUAAGAGACAUUCGUGUGCUUGGCUAUCUGAAAAGUUUACUCAAUAAAUUAUAGUUCUUGUACCAUAGUGUAGUGUUUUGAAUUUUUUUAUGCUGUUGUAAGUAGAGACAUGAGUAAAUAGUAUUUUGCAGUAUAAAAGUACACCUGAGAUUUCGUGCUGUACAAAAACUUUGAUUGUUGCAAAGAGAACAGGGUUUCCAUUUCUAUCCACAUGUGAACUUACAUAAAAAUCUCAUAAAAAAUAUUCAAACUAUUGUACAUUAGAAAGUGAGUCUGAAGAAAAAUUAACUUGUUAAUGCUUGAUGAAACAGUAAUUUUUGAUAACUUGGUAUUAGAUAUAAAAUAUAUAUAUAUUUACUAGAAAAGGAGACAUGGAAUAAAUACAGCAAUGAGGGCUUACCGUAUCUCCAAAGGAAUAAAAACUGAUCUGGCUAGAAACUGGUUGGUGAUUGGGAACAAGGUCAUCAACAUUUUUUUUACAUCCUAGUAGAACUAUUGGCUAGAAGGUACUGAUAGAUGAAAUGACAGAAAUGUAAAAAUAUUAUAUGGAUAUUAAUAUAUUACAAUAUUAGGGACACAAGAGACUGUAAGACAUACAGCAAGAAGAGAUUGGCUAGAAGGUACUGAUAGAUGAAAUGACAGAAAUGUAAAAAUAUUAUAGGGAUAUUAAUAUAUUACAAUAUUAGGGACACAAGAGACUGUAAGACAUACAGCAAGAAGAGAUUGAACAAAUGCUUAGAGGUCUUGUGACAAGAAAAGCUUCAAAGGAUAGUUGCCAUUCCAUUGCUUAAUAUUUGGUCAGUUAAACGUGUAUUCUGGCAUGAUUUUCUGGUGUAUGUGGGUUGUAACACUCCAUCCAACAUGUGCUGCAUAUUGGAAAUAAAUCAUUUUUCAUUUUAUAGCAGUAUACUCUGUCAUUUCUCUUCUUAACAGAGCUUCAUAUUCUUAUCGCUCAAUGUUGUUGGAAUAAAUUUGCCCACUGUCAAAUGAGAAGUCCUUCAUUCUAGCAACUCAUUCUUUGUAAAGAGAAUAAAGUAGGAAAAUAAUUUCAUAGUGUAAUUCUUGAUUUAAAAGCUUGUUAAAAACUCAGAUCUAUCUGCCUUGUGCCACAAUGGAUACACUAGUGCAGUAUUCUUUAUCUGGUUUCUCCCCCCCCCCCCCCCCCCACACACUCUAGUGUAUAUUUGUAAAAGUUUUUGUCAUGAAUUUUCAGAAGUUUUAUGCUGUGGUAUAUUGUUAAAUUUUUGGGGUCAGUUCUAGUGUCCGAUACCACCUGUCGGCUUUGACCUAUGACGUAAUGUGUGAUGUUAUUUUGUUUGUGCCGCAGAUUGCUGUAGAUGAACGUUAAAUGAUUUCUCUGGAUUUCCUCGUUACGCACUUAUAUUAAAAAUUCAAUGUAGAUUGUUUUGUUUUCAUCUCGAAAUUUGUUUUCGGCAUCUUUUGUUAAUGAAAGUAGUCGUGAUUUAUAAGGUCUUAAUUUCUCACUCUGUUCGUUAUAGAUGAGUCAGUUGUUUUUACUGUGAAAAUUCUACUUUAGAAAAUGAGUGACCGUAAAUCAACUAUAAAAUGUUUGCAAUCAUUGGGUGUCACUGCUGAAUUUAGCAAGUGCAGUGUCUGUGGAAAUUAUAUAGUUUUGACGAAGGUUGGGUCAUCACGAACUUCUGACGAAUACAUGUGGAGGUCCAGAAAAAAUAACAUAUGGAGAUCCAUAUGCAGGGGGACGUGGUUCGAGAGAUUGAGGCUGAAUUUAGAAGUAAUUGUCAUGUUAACCUAAUAUUUUUGCUAUGAAUAUUCUUGCAAAUCUGCCAUGCACGAAGCAGAGGUUUCGUGUGGCACUGUAGUCGACUGGCUCUCAUUUUGUAGAGAAGUUUGUGGGGAAUUUAUAAAGUAUAGGGGGUCAUUUGGGGGGGCCAGGGGUUAUAGUUGAGGUAGACGAGCCACAUUUUGGAAAGAGAAAGUAUGAAAGGGGGCCCGAGGUUGUUGGGCUUUGGGUUUUUAGAGUAGUAGUUUCUAGAGGAGACUGUUCUGAUGUUGUUGCAUUUAAGGUUGUACCAAAUCGGAAAAAGGAAGUCUUGACAUCUUUAAUAGAAGAAUAUGUUGUAGAAGUUUCUGUAGUCAUGUCAGACGGGUUUGCUUCAUACAAGGGGUUGGGUGAAAGGACUUAUCAUCAUUUGGUUGUGAAUCACAAUAUUCAAUUUAAAGAUUAUAAGAUGGGGGCUGUAAAAUCUGUUGUCGGACGGGGAAAGAGCAGGAUUUCAGUGUUGCAAGGCCAUUUAGAUUAAUACUGUUGGAGGAAGAGUAUUCCUAAAGGUUAUUGUUUAUUUCUUGCCUUUAUGAAAGUACAAAAUGUACAUGCCUUGAUUUGUUAGUUAGGUGUUGGUGGGUCUGAUACUUUUUUCUUGUUUUAUGUUGCGUUUUUUUUCGUUACUGUAUUGUGCGAGUGCUACUUUUUUAGUUUCUCUGCAGGGAGGUUUUUCUGUUGUUUUAAUAUUUUCUGGUUACAAUGGUGGGCCGAGGGCUAUUGUUGUGUCUCUGCCGGAGGGUUUAUGUGAUUGACUCGUGGUUUCAUUUUUUUGUUAUUUUAAAAUUUUGCAUCUGAUUGAGGGCGGGUAGUUGGGAAGAACUGAUUUGGGUGGUACCUCAUUUGUGCCUGGCAGUUUGCAUUUCUUAUUUUUUUUUUCAUUAGUUAUUCUGGAUUUUUCUUCUUUCAUUACAGUUUGACCUCCUAACAAUAUUAUUUCUUGUUAUGUCCUUAUUUCGUUAUUGUCAGCCUUGAUCUUUGACUCCUUAUGAAGUUCAUAUGCGGUAAGUUUCUUUUUAUGUAGCCACUUUUAUGUUUUCCUUUUCGAUGUUUUUGCUAUACUGCUCUUAAUUUUACUUUCAUUCCUGAUGUAUCAGUUCUACUGAGUGUUAUUUUGGCGUUACUGUAUCUGUUGUGACUUUCGUGUAGUAUAGGUAUCGAUUCCAGGGUUUGGUCAUUCUUGCGUUUUAUUCCUUUGCGUGUGCAGUGAUGUGUGUAAAGAUUUUCAUUUCUUGAAAGUCUAGUCAUAUUCUGUAGUUCACUAAGAAGAUCAUUUUUUAAGCACGUUUCUGAUACGUUAUAAGAUCAAACAGUAAUAUUGGAAUCGGUAACUAGAAAUGACCUACAUAGGUUGCUUGUAGUUACUGAUUCCAACUAUUCGACGGUUCAUUAUUUAGAUUGUUUUUGCAGUAUGUGUGGAAAAUAUAAUAUAAUAUACGCACUCAUAAUUGCACUCAUGUUCUUAUUUAUUUCAGUCAUCUUCAACUCGUUUAAAUGAACUUCGCUUGUAAAUAAAAAUUCGUGUUAAAUGUAUUAUUUUAUGGGAUGCUACAUUCGUCUGUUUACGAGUAUGAUCCGUUCCAUUCAUAGAUUGUCCAUUGCAGCAUCUUUGCCUUAUGUAUGACAUCAUUGGUCAAAGCUGACAGGUGGUAUCAGACACUAGAAUUCAUCCAAUUUUUGUAAGUUUAUAGACACAGUUUGUAGAAAGUAUAAGGAUUAUAAUAAUAUGUAAGCAUUCUUUUAAUAGUACAAGGAGAAGAAGAUUGCAUAGAAUCCUAGAAACUUCGCAGUUUCAUUGUAUAAAACAGCUUAUAAGGUGGUUAAUUUCUCGUGGUUAUAAUGUGUUCAUUGUUUAUAAUAUGUAAUGGUAAUUUAUUGAUAAUUUAUUGAAUAUGUAAAAUCAUAUAUGAGUAUGGAAUUUUGUAUGGUAAAUGACUGUAGGUCAUGAGGGAACCUGUUGACUUGGCUUGCGAGAGUAUUACAUGACAGAAACAGUCUUUUCAUAGAGAUGUUUAUACAUUUUUUUUGUAAGAAAAAUUUAAAAACUGAGAAGACCAAUUUUUAAAAAAAAGUGAACUGUAUAAUACAUUGUUUCUGAAAAGAUAAAUUUAUUUUCAUAAUGUGUAGUUAUUUAUUGUAAUUGAACACUGUGUGUUUAUGUAUUGAUUGUUGAUGUACUCUAGUAGGUGUGUACUUAAAUCAAAGAGCUGUUUUGGAUUACAACUUUUUAAUGACCCAAAUUUCUGGCUAGGUCAGUGGGUUGGCUAAUAACAGUUUUAACUUUCUGUGAUGUCAUUUUUCGAUGAACAUUCUAUUAUUAUAUUGUCAUGACAUUGUAGGUUACAGAUUUUCCAUGUCCCCUGUAUAGGGUAUAGUUUGUUAAAGUAAAUUUUAGUAAGACAUUGUAAGUUUUCAGUAAUGUUUAUUAAAUCAAAUAGUCAUAAUUUUUUUCAGUGGAUCAACAGAUUUUGACUGGUCAGUUUCAGUAGCCAAGUAAUGAUUCUUGAUCUAAGGUGGUGUAAAAGUAUACCAAGGUCACCGUUUGUGUGAGGCACCUACCAGUAAACUACAUAUUUUGAUGCAGCCUUAGGCCAAGAAUCAUUCAUGUGUUAUUGAAACUGAUUGAUUAGUUGAAACUGGUCUUGCCGCAGCAGUACUUUAUGUGAGUAAACUGUACUGUUAAAAAGAAAUGUAAUUGCUGUUAGUCUCUGCUGUUAACAUGGCAAACAUGAACAAUCUCAUUUAUGUUGUAGAUUUAUCUUGCUGAGGGAGGUAAAGCAAUGUCAAUGAAUUUUUAGUAUAUGAAAGUAAUCUGAGGUUCCCUAAAACGUCACAUUUAUUUAUAUAUUUUAUGUAAAUUAUUGGGUAAUAUCUGACAAUACAUGCCUGAAAUUUAAAGUUAGUGAAAUUAGCAGGUGAGAAAUAUGAAUGGUAUUGGUUUUUUAUUGGUUGAAUGUUUCCAGAACCUAUGCAGUUUUUUGAGGAUUUACUGUGUAUUUAAAAAUACAUUUAUCUUAAAAAUUGAAGAUAUUAAUCUUUUUAUCAUUAAUUUCUUGUUUGACUGGAAACUUUUAUACUCUCAGUAAUACUGUUUUCCUUCUAUUGAAGUAAUGGUAUGCUUAGUAAUUGUAAGAAGAUUAAACUGUGUAGCAGUGAACAUGGGAUCUUCUCAGGCAGCAUUUGACCCAUACCAUACUAUCUUCAUUUACUGUCAUUGAGGAGCUUGCUAGCCAUUGAAACAUCUUCUCCAACAGGGAUAUUUUGAUCACCCCACUUCUCCAAUUAGGAUCCCUUCUUGUUGAUUUGUACUGUACUUAUAAGAGGGUACUUGCUUAACACAACUCAUCUCCCAAGUAGAAGUUUACCGGACUGCUCCUGGACUCUAUAAGUUUAAUAUGAUAAACUUUUACACAAAGGUUUUCAUCGUAGAAGUUUAAUAUGAUAAACUCUUACAUAACAAUUUUCAUCAGAUGUGUUACAAAUGUCUAUUCUUUUAGAAGCAGUCUUGGGCUGCUACUGAAGAUUUAAGACAGACCAUGUUAGUAAUUUACAGCAGUAAGUUUCUUACCAGUAUAAACACAUCAUCUCUUAAUUACACUGACCAAAAGCUGAUUGCUGCUCUCCUAUUAUCCCACAUCUUUCAGUGAUUCUUGCACUUUGGUUUAUUAGACAUUUUGACAAGGACAGUGUGCAGUAGCGUAUAGAUUGUUGUUUUUGUUCAAGAGAAAAGAAAAUACUUGUCCUGAGUUCGCCAUGGUUUCUUACUUGGAAAUAUGUAAAGAACUUGCUAAUGAAUAUUGCAAUUAUCUAAUGUAAAUGGUAGCCCCACAUUUACUGAAUAGUAAUGUUUUUUUCUUUUUUUCCAACUCUUUGUCAAACCAGCCUCUGCAAAAAUGGUGUUUGUCAUCACUUUUUAAUCACUAGGAUAUACACAUUUUAUGUUAUAUAAACAUAUUAUUGUCCUAAAAUGUCUACUAUCAUAAAAAUUUCUCUAUAGGCAUAUGUUUACUUUUCCUCUGCCCUCCUCACAUACAACGUAGAAAGGUCUUCCAUAUAUUCUUGUGUUCUGUUUGUCUUCCAUUAGACAAAAUGGAAAGGCCAUAUAUUUUAAAUUUCUUAGCUUCCCCUGCAUGCCAUUCUCAUCUUUAUACAAUACCAGUGUUGUUAUAGUACGUCUUUAAAUUGAUUGUUGUUAUUAGAGCUCUACCUCAAUUUAGAAUGUUACCAUUAACUAGCUAGUCUUAUCCACCUUAUGUGAUGUAUUAAGUGAUGUACUUCUUGCAUUUUGUGUGCUGCAAAUGUGUUAAUAAUUUUGUAUUUUAGUUUGUUCCUGCAUUGUUAUUGUAUUGUCAGGUUAAAAUAUUGCUCCUAAAUUGAGAUUUAUAUUCUGGUACUUUAUUUAUUUGUUCUAAUUGGUUAGUUUGUUGAAAGUGUUUGUGAUUUAUUAACUGUUACUUUUGAUGUAGUGUGUACUCCCUAAUAAAAUGGAGGUAAGAUGGCAGAUUUUCUUAUUUUAAUAAGUGUUUGCCAUCUGCAGCUAUUUCAAAAGCAAGUGGUCGGUACAUAUUCUGAUUUAAUAGAUUAAUGAUCAGUGAGCUUAAAUUAGCGAGUGGAAUAACAGAAUUGCAAUAUCUAUGUUCAAAGUGACUACUCAAAUGACUACCGAUAAACUUGUAGUUUCAAUAUUAAGAUGGCUGUGUUUUUUGAAAAUUUAUGUAUUAGUUUACAGCAUUGUAUUCAUUUGUUACAUAUUUCAUUGAUUAAAAACAGAUAUUUUGUUCAUUAGUCAGUCUUUGUUUGCCACAAACCACGUACAUUUUGUUUCUCAUGUGUGUGUUUCCUUUUAGGCAAGGAAAAUCAAUGGACUGUGAUAUAAUUCAAUUGUAUUAUCUCCUGAUUAAAUAAACAGAUUUUGAAAUAAAUGUUGUAUAUACAUUUGG